ACCUUGCAAGAGAGUAGCUGAAAAGUUCGUGCUUGUAGCCUACUAUAAAUAUAUCAUAUUUUCAAUCUCCAAAAUGCAACAGCCACAGGACAACUUUGUUUGAAAGUCAUAAAGGAUCAUUAGCCCAAACUGACGAGAUAAAGCUAGCUAGCUACUUCAUUUUCCACGUGGAAAAAAAGGAGGACAGGGACUUGCUAGCUACGUUAGCUUGCUAGCUAGCUGGCUUUUCUACAAGGAAUUUGCAGGACAACAUGAGUGGAGAGAAGGAAGCAUUGCUGGAAGAAAUUGAACAGAGUUUACACCCUCUAACGGAGGAUCAUUUACGAUACCUGUGUGAACGCUGUGGAAUAGAUGGCUCCCAAGUUAAAGGAAAGAACCAUCGAUCGUUGCGACGUAAAAUCAUGGAGGAAAUGUGGGAAAAUGCAGAUUCGGUCAAAUCGGAGGAGCAGGGAAUGUCUUGGUUACUCCGACUGAAAGAUGACAUCAGAAAGAUACAGGAAGAAUCUAGUGUGGCACCCAUGAGUCCCAGCCAGUCUGAUGAUGACGAUGAUGAUGCUACAGACUGCGAUGAAGAAUGGAACGUGGAGGACAAUGAUGAAGAGGGAGAUUCAGAUUCGAUGUCAUCAAGUAGGAACAAUGGGGACAACCCUAACGGUCGCUCGCUCAGUGGGAGGGUCUUAUCAUCUGGGAAGGCUCCAGGGUUGAAAGAGAUCCAGCGAUCUUAUAGCUGUGAUGUAUGUGAGAAAAGUUUCCCACAUUUAGGAGACCUAAAGAGACACCAGAGAAUACACACAGGAGAGAAACCAUAUGGCUGUGGUCAAUGUGGGAAGAGUUUUCGUCAGCCAGGGCAACUGACUAAACACAAGGUAAUACACACUGGAGAGAAAUCUUUUCGCUGUGAUCAAUGUGGGAAGAGUUUUGCUCGAGCUGAUUCCAGGACUGAACACAAGCGAACACACACAGGAAGGAAAUCUUAUGUCUGUGAUCAAUGUGGGAAGAGUUUCACUACCUUAGGAGCACUGACUAUACACCAGAGAAUUCACACAGGAGAGAAACCUUAUGUCUGUGCUGUAUGUGAAAAGAGUUUCCGUCAGUCCGGACAACUGACUAUACACAAGCGAACACACACAGGAGAGAAACCAUUUAAUUGUGAUCAAUGUGAGAAGAGUUUUGCUGAAGCUGGUUCCCUGACUGAACACAAACGAACACAUACAGGAGAGAAACCAUAUGUCUGUGAUCAAUGUGGGAAGAGUUUCACUACCUUAGGAACACUGACUAUACACCAGAGAAUUCACACAGGAGAGAAACCAUAUGUCUGUGCUGUCUGUGGGAAGAGUUUCCGUCAAACGGUACAACUGACAAGGCACAAGAGAACACACACGGUAGAGAAAUCUUAUAGAAGCUUUGAUCAAUGAGGGGAUUCGAUCAUCUCGCCUGGGUCGCCUCGGUGCAAAGUGUUUGCAUCUGGUGAAAGGUGGAUUGCGUUCGUUUUGGAACCAGGAAAGCCCAUGGCAAAGUCGUCUCAAAACAAAAGUGACAUAGAUUUAAGCUCGUGGAGUAAUGACUGUGUUUUCAAAAGCAAGAAGUGAUUGAUAAGAUGAUUUUAUCUGCCUCUUCUCAAUGAAAACUCAUUUGAUAUUUUUUAUGGAGAAGAUAUGUAUGUUUCUGAUGCCCCGUGCUGGCUUGUUGACAACAUGACCGAGCGAUGCAGAUUACUGUUACAUUUCAGAAGGGCGCUCCUCCAACGCUUUCGCCCGUUUUACGUCACGGGCCAUAGACGAGGGGAGGCGCGCGGCUUAGCAUGAUCCAAUCCGCCCACUGACUUUACACAAGCUAACACACACACUGGAGAGAAGCCUUUCCAAUGCUCUGUUUGGAAAGAGUUACACCAACAUGAGACUUCUUGAAAUCUCAGGAGAGAAACCAUACCUCUGUGCUAUAUGUGGAAAUAGUUUUCCGUCAGUCAUUACACAACUGACUAGACACAUGCUAACACACAGGGGAGAGGGCUGUGAUCAAUGUGGGAAGAGUUUUGCUCGAGCGGAUUACCUGACUGAACACACACACUCACAGUUGAAGAUGCAUCAGCGAACACACACUGGAGAGAGACAUUACAGAUGUGUGGUCUGCUGUGAGUUUAGUUUAUUAGGAUCCCCAUUUAGCUACAGGAUUUUGGAUCCCCAUUCUUCACGGUUUUGGUACAGUGAAGAAACUCAGUGGUGUGUCUGCUGGGGUAUCUACAGUCUAUUUGGAAAGUAUUCAGACUCCGGGGGAGAAGGACCUUGGUCAGGGCGGUGACCAAGAACACGAUGGUCACUCUGACAGAG